UCUGACACUACAUAGACUAAUACUUGUUUAGGUUGUUUAUAUGUUUUCAUAUAAUUAUAAUAAUGCAAUAUAACAAUCUAAACAAAUCUCAUUUAUAAAGGAAUAUAUGUUGGCUAUUUAUAUAAUUCUAUCUAUCUAUAAAACAAAUAUAAAUUAUGACGAGCUUAAUACAAAUAAAUGUCAUGUUUCAAAAAUAUUGCUUCAGGUUUGGGCAGUAAUAUUACAUGUUAUUAAUGAUUGGACCUAUUCAAAGAUAGACUUUGGGCAAUAUAUACCGAAAAGUUUAGUUCGAUUAGUUAAUUUCUGUGUGCUGAAAUCACAAUAUUGUACAGAGUAAAACAACAACAAAGGCUUGGCCAUUAGGAUUACGUAUUUAAAACAGACUUAUCAUUUCUGAAGUCUAAUCUGACCCACCAUUUACUUUGCAUGUCAACAUUUCAAUGGCAGGCGCAUAAGUUAUUUAAAUUCCUGAUUCAUAAACACAUUUGACAUUUGAAAUUUGAAAAACAGCGUGUGUGAUAUCUAUAUUCGGGCUUAUUAGUGCUAUGCUAUAUGAUGGCAGAAUGUUUUCAGAUGCCUGUUGACAAGCUUUGGAAGGACAGAAAUGGGUCAAAUGGGUUUUAGCAUUAGCCAAACAAAUCCGGGCCUAUAGGAUUAGACAGGAUGGCAGCAGUGUGUUUGAUGCAUUUACCUGAUGAAGCAGCACACAACUAAUAGCCACACAAAAGAACAGGCUUUUUACACCGUUUGUUAUUGAACUCCGCCAUCGUAUCUCAUAUUAAGAAUGCUGAAUCUAUAACUCAUUUCGUUACUUCCACAUUAGAAGUCUUGAUCAUGAUUAAAAUUGAAUACUCUGACUUUAACAAAUAACCCUUUUACUGGCUUCGAUGUUAAACAGAAGCAAAACAAACAUAACAUUUGUUUCUCUUUUAGUCUAUUCAGCGGUUCCCGUCUCUUUAGCAAGUUCCUCUGCUGCUGGAGUGUCAUGGAAAAAGGGACCACAUUUCAUUUAACAUCUUAUAGACAGUCUGUUUGAAGCAUCUAGACCCAAGAGAAGAAUGAAUAUGAAUGAGAAGGAGGGAGGAGUAUGUGAGGGGGGGCUAAAUGUCACCCUCACCAUCCGCCUACUAAUGCAUGGCAAGGAAGUUGGAAGUAUCAUUGGGAAGAAAGGAGAAACUGUCAAAAAAAUGAGAGAGGAAAGUGGAGCCCGGAUUAAUAUAUCUGACGGUUCCAGUCCAGAGCGCAUUGUCACCAUUACCGGACAGUCUGAGGUCAUCUUCAAAGCCUUCGCCAUGAUCGCAGAGAAAUUUGAGGAGGAUAUCCUGGCAUCUAUGAUAAACAGCACCGUGACAAGCAGGCCUCCUGUGACACUUCGCCUCGUCUUCCCCGCCAGUCAGUGCGGUUCACUCAUUGGCAAAGGAGGCUCGAAGAUCAAAGAGAUCAGAGAGAGCACAGGUGCCCAGGUCCAGGUGGCAGGAGACCUACUGCCUGACUCGACUGAGAGAGCCGUGACCAUCUCAGGCACACCUCACGCCAUCACACAAUGCGUGAAACACAUCUGCACCGUCAUGUUGGAGUCGCCACCUAAAGGAGCCACCAUUCCAUACCGACCCAAACCCACCGCGGGUGGCAGCCACACAGUGUUGGCGCAACCCCAUACUGCGUCGGCAUUUGCUAUUCCAGGACAGUUUGCCAUUCCACACCAAGACUUGACCAAGCUUCACCAGUUGGCUAUGCAGCAUAUCCCCCUUACCUCCCUUGGGCAGAGCAACCCCACCUUCCCUGGUCUGGAGGCCUCUAUUGCUACCAGUUCUCAUGAGCUGAGCAUACCUAAUGAUCUCAUAGGCUGCAUCAUUGGCAGACAGGGCAGUAAGAUCAAUGAGAUUCGCCAGAUGUCUGGUGCCCAGAUCAAAAUUGCCGGGGCCACAGACGGUUCGGCAGUGCGCCACGUCACCAUCACAGGCUCCCCAGCCAGCAUCAGUGUGGCUCAGUACCUCAUCAGUGCAAGUUUAGAGAUGGCUAAACUGAGCAUCCAGGCUGCAUCGUCCUCCUCUUCCGGCACACCUAUCGACCUCAGCCUGGGCUUCUCCCAGUCCACCCCCUCCAUCUCCGCCUCCACUGCCUCUUCCAUGGCCGUCCUGGCUGCUCCCCCCUCUGCUAUUAAUGUCCACUCCCCCCCGUCCGUCCCCUCUAUCCCCAGCGCCCACUAUGCAUUGCCUGUUUCUAGCCUGCUUGGCAUGAAAACUGUCCCCUGGCUGGCAGUGCACACAGCCACCUCCGCAGGCCUCCCAGCCGGCCUCACUUCCUACACCGCAAAGAUCCCCACCUCGUCCAGCAUCAAAAAAUCUGAGCGGCAGAAGUUUGCCCCGUACUGAGCGGCCGUGGUCUUUAAACAUCAGUAAUGUUGUAUUUGUUUAUUACUCAUUCAUGAAUAUUAAGUAGAUUGAACGUGUUUCUCACCACCCCAUAUUUUUUAUGUUUCUGUGCAAUAUUACACAAACAAGGAAUAGUGAGUGCAUGACAAGAUUAAUCGCUCCUUAUAUUGUCUUCCAUUUUGUGUGGCGUUUCAUUCGGAAGUGUUUGAGAUAUCCAUCUCGCACCAUAUAAUUUAUCUGACACGGCACCUGUUUUUUUUUUUUUUUUUUUAAAGAAAAGCCAAAGGCAACAAGAACUUGAUUUAUUGGAACUAUGCAGCUCACAGUGUUUUUGUGUGUAUAUAUAUAUAUAUAUAUAUAUAUAUAUCUUGGAGUGAUCUUUAAUGUGCUGAUUAGAAUGGCUGUCAUCAUUGUUAUUGUAUCACAACACAAUAUACAAAGUCAUUUAAAAGAAAGUAUCAUGCUCUGCCUCUCAUACUGAUGUUGUUAUUCAGACUUUGACCUACUUUAUUAAUAUGACAUUGUGUCAGAACUUUUUUUUUUUCCUGCAAAUACACUUUUUAAUUAAUACUGCAGAGACACAAGCCACAGCCUAGUAAGAGGGGGUCCUUGCCCUGUAAUAAGGGGGCCUGUUAGGUCCUAAAUAAUAUGAUCAGGAACCCUCAUACUAAACUAUAUUUAGUAGCUCUAUAUUAUCAUGUAUUAAAACCUAUUAAUUAAAAAUGAUGAAGAAGUUGAAAAAAUAUGACAUUACAUUGUUUCCAAAAUUAAAUAACUGGCUUUUAUAUUGUCACUUUAUUAACAGCAAAAAAUUCUGGAAAGUUUUUACUUUGUAUUAGAAUCACAGUGAAUCAAUUUUUUCCCCUACCAGCUACUCUGUUACUGUUAGAUGUAUAAACCUGAGAAACAUUAAUUUAAAUUUAUGUGUAAGGUGGUUUUCACAAUGAAUAUUGUUACAACAGCAAUUAAAAAUAUUUAUAUAACAUUGUUAACAUGUUAACUUUUUUUAAUUAAUACUUUUAUUUAGCAUAGAUGCAUUAAAAGUGAAAAUAAAAAUAUUCUAUUUCAAAUAAAUGUUGUUCUUUUGAACUUUCUAUUCAUCCAAGAUUCCUGGGGGGAAAAAAUGUUUCAUGGUCUCAGCAAAAAUAUUUUCAAUAUUUGAUAAUAAUAAGUAAUGUUUCUUGAGCAACAAAUCAGCUUAUUAGAAAGAUUUCUGUAGGAUUAUUUGACACAAAUGACUGAAGUAAAUUUGUUUUUUUAAAUGUUUUUACAUUGUAAAAAUAUUUCACAAUAUUACAGUUUAUACUGUAUUUUUGAUCAAAUAAAUGCAGCCUUGCCAAACAUAAAAAACAUCUUACAAGAAAAAAGUAUACUUCUGAAUGGUAGUGUAUGUGUUUUUGUUUUUUCUCUCUAAUUUCCGUGGACCCUUAGCACCUGCUUCCAGCCUGUGGGGGUCCCAGGACACCAGCUCGAAAAUACAGCCUACACUUUGUGUUGAUGUAAAACAAUAUCCAAUAAAAUGUUAUGUUUUUGUUCACUCAGCUAAGAUAACAGAUGACACUAUGAAACUGUGACACAGCAGACCCAUGCUUCUCAUGCCCAGCAGGGCUAAUUAUCAGAAAUAACUGUUUUUAACAAUAAUUUGAUCUGUUCUUCUGUAUCUGAUUGUGUGUUUUCCUCCUAGGCUGUCCUCAGUGAUAGCAAGUCUGAGGCCACUGUAGUGCAACAUUUACAGCUCUUAUCAUUAAUCUGUGAUUGGAUUACCCUAAAGCCAUAGUGGACUCUUAUGGACUCAAGGAAUCCUGGCUACAUGAUGAAAAUUGUUUUCUAACUUGAAAACCAUGUAUUAAACAGAUGCGCUGUAACUGUAGUUUUUUAAAUGUGUCAACCAUUCAAUGCAAGACAUGUAUUUGUGUUUGUUUUUAGAUUGCUUUUGGAAAUUCAAAUCAAUGUACUUUUGACAUUAAAUGUAGAAUUUAAAAGUCGUUCUUUAAUUAAACAACAGCUUUUUAUUAGUA